AAAAAGGCGAAAGGAAGCACCGUCAUCGAUGGGUGCGAUAUGUCCAGCAUGUCGCGGGAGCAGCUGGAGCAGUUCGCGCUCAAGCUGCGCAACGAGAUGGAGCGCGAACGGGAGGAGCGCAACUUCUUCCAGCUCGAGCGGGACAAGCUGCGCACUUACUGGGAGAUUACGCGCAAACAGCUGGAAGAGGCGAAGGCCGUCAUCCGGGGGAAGGAGCGCGAUGUGGAGGUGGCCCAGGAGCUGGCGGAUCAGGAUACGAAGAACGUGAUGCAGGAGAUGAAGCAUCUCCAGUACGAACAUCAGUCACACAUUGGCGAACUGCGAGCGGAAAUGAUGACGCAGCUGAAGAUGGCCCAGGAGGACCAUACGCUGCAGGAGCGCGAGCUGCUGAACGACAAGCGCGAUCUGAAGCGCCUGCUCCGGGAGAAGGAGGAAAACGCCGAGCUGGAGAUACAGCAGCUGAAGCUGAAGCACAGCGAGCUGUUGAGUGUGGAGCGGGCCAAAUUUCAGGAGGAAAUCGAAGCGAUGACGAAGCUGUUCGAGCAGCGGCUCGCUAGCUACAAGGAGGAAGCCGAGGUACGGCACGAGAUGGAACUGUCGGAGGUAGAGGAGCGCAAGAACGGCCAGAUCGCGGAGCUGAUCAACACGAACGAGCAGGCGUACCGGGAGAUGAAGAGCUACUACAAUGCAAUCACGCAGAACAAUCUCGCCCUCAUCAACAGCAUGAAGGAGGAGAUGGAAGAGAUGCGGCUCCAGUCGGACAAGGAUCUGAAGAGCUUCACGGAGGUGAUGGCCGAGAACAAGCGGCUAACCGAACCGCUCAAGAGCGCUCAGGCCGAGCUGCUCGAGCUGCGCAAAAAACUGCAGUACUACGAUCGCGACAAGGCGACACUGAACCGCGUGAAGACGCGGCUCAACAGCACCCAGAAGCAGCUGUCCAGCCUGAAGCUCGAGCAGGACGUGCUGCAGAUGCGCUGCGAGAAGCUGGUCGAGGAGCGCGACCAGCUGAAGCGUCUGUUCGAGAAGUCGAUGCUGGAGUUGCAGCAAAAGUCGGGCCUGAAGAAUUCGCUGCUCGAACGGAAGCUCGAGUACAUCGAGAAGCAAACGGAACAGCGGGAAGCCAUCCUUGGGGAGGUGCUGUCACUGGCCGGUAUCGAACCCCAGUCGCUGAGUGUCCGCAUCGAGAAGCUGUUGGUGCAAAAGAACGACAAGAUACAGGCGCUUCGGUACGAUCUGGCGCGUGUUAGCAAAAUGUACGAUGAUCUGCUCUCGUUGAUUGAGGGCAAGUUGGUCAAGUACGGUAUCACACUCAAGGAUCUCGAGCUUACCAAUUUGCGGCAGGAGAAGUGA